CCCAAGCGCUGCUGGCAGUGAAGGGCGCGCUGGGGGUGACCUUCACAACGUGGGGGCUUGACAUGCCGUGCACCACGGCUUCUGUAGGGCCGGCUAUUGAAGGCACCCUCACUGCUGUGUCCUGCAACCCUUCCGGCAGAGUUCGCACCUUGCAACUAGGGCGUCUCAACCUAGCAGGCACUCUCCCUCGUGCAGUCACCGACCUCACGGCUCUCACUUCCCUCGUGCUGGGCUUCAACUACCUGACGGGGUCGCUGCCUGGCAGCAUAGCAGCGCCUCUCAAGGCUCUGGACGUGCAGUUCAACUUCCUUGCCGGCUCCUUCCCCGCCCUCGGCCUCGCCUUCUGCUCCGCCCGUAUCAACUGCUUUGCUUCCACCGCCAACUGCAAGCACCCCACAAGGCCCGCUGAGAUCCCGCGCACAGCAGCCGCCUGUGCCAUCUGCAACACCACGAACGCUCAGGGCAAGCUAUGCAGCAACAUCAUCAGUGGUGGGAUCUGCAGCGUCACUCCUCCUCCCUCGCUCCUGCUCCCACCAGCCACACCCAACAGUGCCUCAUCGCCCGUGCUCCCUCUGGUCUGCACCGCUGCUGCAAGUGUGGCCAUGGAUGCGACUCAAGCCGCUGCGCUGAUGAAUGUGAAGGUGGCGCUGGGAGUGUCGUCGCUCAAGGGGCAGGGCCUCACAGGGAGCAUCCACUCGGAGAUCUCCAAGCUCACUACCCUCACCGUGCUUGACCUGCAGUCCAACCGGCUGGAAGGCAAGAUGGACGCCUUCACUGCCAACAUCAAGGCGCCUCUCGUGCUCAAGGAGCUCUACCUGCAGUACAACUACCUCUAUGGCACCUUCCCUUCGGCCCUCCUCGCCCUGAAAACCCUCUCAACACUCUCCGUGGCCUUCAACUACCUCACCGGCUCACUCCCCACCGCACUCCCCACCACGCUCGCCUCUCUGGACGUGCAAAGCAACUUCCUGGCGGGUUCCGUGCCGGCCAACAGCAUCCCUUACUGCGCCAGCACGGGCAACUGCCUGGUGGACGCGUCCAAGUGUGCAUCCCUGGGACUGCCACAGCGCAGCGCCGCUGAAUGUGCCGUCUGUGGCUCCACCAACGGCCAGGGCGCUCUGUGUGCUGCUGCCACAAGCUGCCGGGUUGCUGCUGCUGGGGCUGGGGUGACCACUCCCCCCACUGCGCUUUCCGCUAGUCUCCCUCUCUUCUGCGAGGCUAUUCCCAUGGACUUGGCAUCAACCCAAACGAUGCUAGCCAUCAAAGCUGCACUGGGGGUAACGCUCACAGACUGGGCAGGGUCUCAGGGCACGUGCACGUUGGAGGGGCAGACUCCCGGCCCAGGCGCAUGGUCCGGCGUCUACUGCAGCUCCACAGGGGCUGUUGUGGGCAUUGUGCUGCAAAACAAGAAGCUGAGUGGAAGCCUCUCAACGGACAUCACCAAGCUCACAGCCCUCACCAUGCUCGACCUGAGCUCCAACCUCUUCCAGCGCCGCCUGGAUGUCUUUCUCUCUGCCGUCUCUGCCCUCAAGGCACUCAAGAACAUCAAGCUGAGCCGCAACUAUCUGACGGGCACAGUGCCGGCAUUCAAGACGUCACUCAAGGCCCUCAACGUGGCCAGCAACCUGCUCUCGGGCUCCUUCCCCAUCGCCACCCUCACCGCCUGCGAUGCCCGCUCCAACUGCCUCUCCAGCGCCAGCAAGUGCGCCAACGCUGCCGGCACGGCGCAACGGUUAUCCUCAGAGUGCAGCGUGUGUGGGUCCACCGAUGCUUCUGGCGUUCUGUGUGGGGGAGGGCUGUGCGCCCCUGAUGCCUCCGCCCCUGCUGCCUCCUCCACCCCCAACACGGACGGCCAGCCGCUGCUGCCACUGAGCUGCCUGGGAGUGCCCAUGGAUGCGGCCAUGGGGUUGGCGCUGCUGAGUGUGAAGGCAUCGCUGGGUGUCACGUUCACGGAUUGGUAUGUGGAUGCGCCGUGUGCACUGGCAGGGCAGGCCGUGGUGCCGGGCUCGUGGUCCAGCGUUGUGUGUGACGCCACCGGCAAGGUUCUCACCCUCGAGCUGAACAACAACCUCUUUUCAGGCCGCCUUGAUUCCUUCCUCACCCCUCUUCUUCCCGUCAAGACCCUCAAAGUCCUCCACGUCCACAACAACUACCUGUCCGGCGCCGUGCCACCAUCACUCACUGCUUUCUCCGCCCUCUCUGAACUGAAGAUCCAGGGCAACUACCUGACGGGCAGCAUGCCGGCAGCGCUGCCGGCGUCCCUCAAGUACCUGGACGCAUCAGGGAACUACCUGGUGGGAACUUCGACGGCUCUGAUCGCAGCAAAGACUGUGAAUACGGGGACGGCUGAGAUGUACUGCGCGGGUGCUCCCAUGGAUGCUACUAUGGCUGCGGCGCUGCUGAGUGUGAAGGCAUCGCUGGGAGUGUCGUUCACCAGCUGGGCGGUGAGCUCGCCGUGUGCCGUGGAGGGAGUGGCAGCACCGCCAGGCGCGUGGUCCAACGUCCUCUGCAACUCCGCCUUCAAACCCGUCUCCCUCAAGCUGUCGGGGCAGAAGCUGGCAGGAAAGAUGCACUCAGACAUCUCCAAGCUCUCCACCCUCACCUCCGUUGAUUUCAGCAGCAACCUAUUGCAGGGGCGUCUAGAUGCAUUCACAACCGACUUCAAGGCGCUCACCUCGCUCAAGCAAGUAACUCCCGACAUCUCCUCCUGUGACAUAAUUGCCUUUUCCUCUCUUUUCCACCCACUCACCUCCCUCUCAACCCUCUCGCCGCUCUCUCGCCCAUGGCAGCAACUUCAACUUCAACUGACCUCCUUGCUCCAUUUCCUUCGCUCCUGCUGCCCCAUUGUCUUCUCUCCUGCUGCAUCACUGCAUCUGCCCCACCUCACCUUUAACCUCACACUCACUCUCCCACUCGUUCCCCCCAUCCGCACGCCUCACCCUUCCCCCAUCAGCGGUGCGAGCUACAACUACCUGUACGGCCCCGUGCCCAAGUUCGGCACGGCUCUCAAGACCAUCGACGUGCAGAAGAACUGGCUGUCCGGCACAUUCCCCGGCACUGGCUUCCUCUCCUGCUCUGCCUCCUCCAACUGCCUCGCCAGCACAGGCGCAUGCAACACCACAGGCACCACGCAGCGCCCAUUGGCUUCUUGCUCCGUCUGUGACUCUCCCAAGGGCACCGAUCCCAUCUGUGCCGGCGGCACCUGUGCUCCCAACACUGCCGGCCCUCUUGCCUCCUCCACCACCCCCACCGCCUCUUCUCCCAUUCUCCCGCGCUUCUGCGUUGGUGUGCCUUUGAACGCAGCACAGGCCACCAUUCUCCUCUCUGUGAAGACGGCUCUCGGGGUCACCUUCACCCAGUGGUCUGCCAGUACCCUUGCAGCCCCCAAAGCCAAGACCCUUGUUCGCGAAUUCAGGAACGGGCUCAAGGCGAUGGGGCGGCGGCGCUUGGCAGAGAGUGAAGGGAGCAGGGAGAGGGUGCUGCUUGUGGCUCCCCCUUCAGGGCAGGCGGGCCUGUGCACGAUUCAAGGCCAGACGCCCGUGCCUGGCUCCUGGCCGGGCGUGUUCUGCUCUUCUGCCGGCAUUGUCGUCGCCCUGGAUCUUCGGGGUUUCCUGCUGCGAGGCACCGUGCACGCAGACAUCUCCAAGCUCACCACACUCACUGCGCUCUACCUGUCAUCCAACCUCUUCUACCAGCGCCUCGACUCGUUUGCGGCUCCUAUCCUGCCCACGGCCUCUCUUAAGGAGUUUCGCUUCAGCUACAACUAUCUGACAGGCUCGCUGCCCAAGCCCGGUGCCGCCCUAAAGGUUAUCGACACGCAGGCCAACUUCCUCUCGGGCACUUUCCCCACGGCCACACUAGCCUGCAACACUCGCCUCAACUGCUUCUCCAACGCCUCAGGCUGCUUCAACCUGGAUGGGACGGAGCAGAGGGGAGCAGCAGAGUGCAGCAUGUGUGGAUCACCGACCAAGACGCAGGGGCUGUGCGGAGGAGGCACCUGCUUGCCCAUCGUCUCUCCUUCCCUCGCUAAAGUUCCCAACAGUGCUGCUGCUCCCACACUCAUGAUGGCAUGUGCUGCCGUGCCCCUUGAUGCAACCUCCGGUGUGCUUCUUCCCUCCUUCCCUCCUGCCACAUGUGUGUCCAUAGACCUUGCCUGCAUGCACCCACUCAGCAUUGUCUUCCCCUCUCCCCCCCUCCCCCCCCUCACGUGCCCACCCAUGGCAGUGGCGGCACUAUUGAGCUUAGGGGCGGCUCUGGGGGUCAGAGACACGGACUGGCGCAACGGCAGCAAGUGCAACAUUGAGGGGCAGAGCGCCAACUCCAAGACGUGGCCGGGCGUGUGGUGCAGCGCCAACGGCACCGUCCUCUCCAUCACGUUGCCCAAAAAGGCACUGAAGGGAAUCAUCCAUGCCGACAUCUCCAAGCUCACUGCGCUCUCCUACCUCGAUCUGUCCUACAAUCUCUUCUUUGGACAGCUCUCCAAGUUCGUUCCCAACUUGCUGCCGCUCACCACCAUGGCUACUCUCCGGCUGGGAGCGAACUACCUGACGGGCACGCUGCCAGCCAUGGCCUCGCAGCUGCAGGUGCUGGCCAUCGCCAGCAACCUCCUGGCGGGCGCCUUCCCCACGCAGCCCUUCCAGCUGUGCGACAUCCGCAGCAACUGCCUCUCCUCGCCGGGCUCCUGCACCAACGAUGCCGGUGUGGCUCAGCGCACCUCCGGCUGUGCCUUCUGUGGUUCCGCCACGGGCGCCCCGCCUUUCUGUGCGGGCACCGCCUGCACUCCCGAUGUCGCUGCUCGCCUUGCUGCCGGCACCACCAACACCCCUGCUGCCGCCCUCCCAGCCAUGUUCUGCCAGGCAGUUCCAGUGGAUGACAACUCCGCGCUGGCGCUGCUGGCACUGAGGGCGGGGCUGGGCGUGAGUGCUCUCAGCUGGGCGGUGGACUCGCCCUGCACGCUGGCGGGCAACGCCCCCGCGGUGGACAGCUGGACGGGCGUCGUCUGCGACCUCUCGGGCCAAGUCCUUAGCCUGGAUCUUUCCAAGAUGAAUCUUCGUGGCAGCUUGCAUGCCGACAUCUCCAAGCUCACUGCGCUCACCAGCCUCAACGUGGCGUCCAACCUCUUGGAUGCGCGCAUGAGCGAGUGGGCUCUGCCUCUCACCGGCCUCAAGGCACUCAAGCAACUGUCUCUCAACUACAACUGGUUCUCCGGCCCUCUGCCCUCGUUCCUCCUUAGCAUGUCCACACUCUCAGCCCUCAACGUGCAAUUCAACUACCUCGCUGGUCCCAUCACCGGCACUCCCUCUGCCUCCCUCAAGACCCUCAAUGUCGCCUCCAACCUCCUCAGAGGAACCUUCCCAGCAUCUUCCACCACCGCAUGUGAUGCUCGAAGCAACUGCCUAGCAGACUCCUCCAAGUGCCUUGCCUCUGGCUCCUACUCCCAGAGGCUCUCCUCUGACUGCACCCUGUGCGGUGCUGGGAGUUCCAGUGCGGUGAUAUGCAAUGGAGGGGUGUGCACCCCUGACACUACUGGGCCAGUGGCAGCACUCACACCUAAUAGUGCCUCAGAUGCUCUGCUGCCCAUGCAGUGCUCGGGUGUUCGCAUUGACGCCACAGCAGUAUCGGUGCUUGGGAGUCUCAAGGCGGCGCUGGGAGUGCCUUUCAGUGACUGGGGAGGGAACUCGCUAUGCACGGUGGUCAUUGUUGUUUCCGGAGUCAGCAGCUCCUCCCCUGGCCCGAGGGACUUGGGAGACGUGCUGUGCAGCCCGGCCGGUGCUGUGGUGGAGAUCAACCUCAACACGCGCCAGCUGGCUGGGUCCAUGCAUGCAGAUAUCUCCAAGCUCACUGCGCUCACUGCUCUGGUCUUCCACUCAAACUUAUUGGCUGGUCGCCUGGAUGCCUUCACAGCGCCCUUCACCUCCCUCACCAAGCUCGAGAACCUCCAACUGCACUACAACUACCUGUUUGGGCCCAUCCCCUCGGCUCUUAUUGGUCUCAAGACCCUCUCCAAGCUGAGUCUGGGCUCCAACUACCUCACUGGGAGCGUGCCGGUGCCAAGCACCACCAUCAAGCACCUGGACCUCGAAAACAACUAUCUCGUGGGAACCUUCCCAUCUGCUUCCUGGCUGUCCUGCUCGGCACGCACCAACUGUUUCUCGAGUGCUGCUGCUUGCACGGCGGACGGAGGCAAAGGGACUGUUCAGAGAGCCACGUGCAGUAUCUGUGGCAGUGCCGAUGGCACGGGGGUGUUGUGUGGCGGCGGUGGUUCGUCCACCUGCCAGCCCACAGCUGCUUCCCUCGCAUCCCUCUCCACGCUCAACGGCCCCUCUGUCCCUGCACUCCCUCUGUCAUGUUCCUUGCUGCCGGCUGUACCCGUCAACUCUAUUGCCGUGGCAGCGCUGCUGAGCAUCAAGACAGCCUUGGGAGUGACGCACACAGGGUGGGCGGCGAAUGCUGUCUGCACGCUGGCAGGGACAGCUGGCACUGUAGCGAGUGGGAGCUUGACGGGUGUGGAGUGUGACUCAGCUGGCAACCCCGUCAAGAUGUGA